GCUCGAGAGCGCCGCGCCCGCCGCCGACCGCCCCGCGCCGCUCCUGGCUCCCCAGCGCCUCGCCGUCCCGCAGCGCCCAUGGCGCCCGCCAGCUUCGUCGGCCGCGCCGUGCAGGACUUCCCGCUCGAGGUCGCGGGCGCCACGGGUGGCGCCGAGCGGACGACGCUGCGCGGACUGCAGUCGGCCGCAGGGCUCCCGGUCGUGGUGGACUUCUUCGCCCCGUGGUGCAAGGCCUGCCCCGCGGCGGCGAAGCACCUGGACGCCCUGGCGUCGGGCGAGUACGCGGGGCGCUGCCUCUUCCUCCUGGUGUGCGUCGACGGCGGUCUGGACGAGGCCCGCGAGUGGACGGCCUUGAACGGCAUCACCUCCUGCACGGUCGCCGCCGCGGACGACGACGAGGAUCUGAUGGCGAGGCUCGGGGUGAAGGGCCUCCCGCACCAGGCGCUGAUCGCCAGCGACGGCGUCGUGUUCAGGAACUACGACGUGCAGCUCCCAGCGGACCUCGACGCGCUGCUCGGGGGUGCAGCGUCAGAGCUGUCGGCCCCCAAACCUGCGAACUUCGCCGACGUGUCGGCUCGGUUCCGCGAGCUGCAGAAGGACGAGCCCAUCCUCAAGGAGAACCCGAGUCGGUGGGUGAUGUUCCCGAUCCAGCACUCGGACAUCUGGGAGAUGUACAAGAAGCACGAGGCCUCGUUCUGGACUGCGGAGGAGAUCGACCUCGCGCAGGACAACAGGGACUGGGACAACCUCACGGCGUCCGAGCAGCACUUCGUGAAGCACGUGCUAGCGUUCUUCGCCGCCUCCGACGGCAUCGUGCUGGAGAACCUGGCGGCCCAGUUCACCAAUGAGGUGCAGCUGCCGGAGGCCCGUGCCUUCUAUGGCUUCCAGAUGGCCAUGGAGAACAUCCACUCGGAGACGUACUCGCUGCUGAUCGAGCAGUACAUCCGGGACCCCGCCGAGAAGGAGAAGGUCUUCGACGCGAUCCACACCAUGCCGCCCAUCAGGCAGAAGGCCGAGUGGGCAGUGCAGUGGAUGAGCCCAGAGAAGACCAGCUUCGCCGAGCGCGUCAUCGCCUUCGCGGCCGUGGAGGGAAUUCUGUUCAGUGGCUCGUUCUGCGCCAUCUACUGGCUCAAGAAGCGCGGCUUGAUGCCGGGCCUCACCUUCUCCAACGAGCUGAUCUCGCGCGACGAGGGCCUGCACACCGAGUUCGCGUGCCUCAUCUACAGCAAGCUGGAGAACAAGCUCCCCGAGGAGGUGGUCCAUGGCAUCAUCCGCGGCGCGGUGGAGACGGAGCGUCACUUCAUCUGCGAGGCACUCUCUUGCGACCUCAUCGGCAUGAACAGCGAGACGAUGACCCGGUACAUCGAGUUCGUGGCGGACCGCCUCCUGUCGGCGCUCGGCUGUUCGAAGUUGUACGGCGUCUCCAACCCCUUCGAUUGGAUGGAGCUCAUCUCGCUCCAGGGCAAGACCAACUUCUUCGAGAAGCGCGUCGGCGACUACCAGAAGGCUGGUGUGAUGUCAUCGACGGCCGCGGGAGGCGAGGAGGCCAAGGGCUUCGCCCUGGACGUGGACUUCUGAGCAGCGCUGGAGGGGCGCCGCAGGGAGAGCGAGAGGCGCGACGGGGGAGCGGGCGGUCGACGAGCCGAGCGUUUGCUGCUUCGCAGCGGCGCAGCCAGCGGGGCGAGCAUCCGACGUCCGUGCUCGCGGCCGGAACUGAUUUAGAAGCUGGCCCCCCCCCCCAAUGGCGGGGGCCCUCGGGAAGUGCAGGGGGGGUGUUGCACGCGGCUUCGCGGACGGCCAGCUCGGGCGUGGGGUGCCUGGCGACGGUCGAGGGUGCAA